AUGGCAGUCGCUUCAGGAUCAAAAGAUGUAAAUACGUUUCUUAGUCAAAGACAAAAUGUUACUGACAAAGAAUUAGCCGCUGAUUGGGCUCAAUUAGAAGAACUUUAUAACAAAAAACUUUGGCAUCAACUUACAUUAAAAUUGGAGACUUUUGUAAAGCAUCCAGCAUUACAAAAAGGUGAUAGUCUUGUUCAAUUGUACAAAAAUUUCUUGUCAACCUUCGAAAAUAAAAUCAAUGCUUUAUCUUUUGUUGAAAUAUUGGCCCAUGUUAUUGAGCAAUUUAGCAAUAAAGAAGAAGCAGUUGAAUUUUUAGAAAAAACUGAGCCUAAAAUCGUUAAUAACAAUGAAGCUGUUGCAUUAUGUAAAGUAUUACAAGGGCAAAUUCUUUUGGAUCAACUUCAUGAUGAAGAAAAAACUAAAAAAAUAAUUGAUGACGUUGAAAUUAUGCUUGAUAAUGCUGACGGUGUAACUACAGUCCAUGGAAGAUUUUAUCUUUUAGCUAGUAGAUUAUACCGAUUGCAAGGAAAGCAUGCUGAGUAUUAUCGUACAGCAUUAAGAUAUCUAGGAUGCAUUGAUUUGAAUACAUUGACCAAACAAGAACAAGAGCAGCAUGCGUUUUUCUUAGGUUUAGCAGCUCUUCUAGGAGAUGGAGUUUACAAUAUCGGUGAAUUAUUAGCUCAUCCAGUCUUAUUGUCAUUAAAAGGUACACCAAAUUCUUGGCUUAUUGAUCUUCUUCAAGCAUUUAAUGCCGGUGAUAUUGCGGCAUUGGAAAAAUUGAAAACACAAUGGGCUAAAGUGGCUGAUUUAGCAGCUCAAGAAUUAAAAUUAAGACAAAAGAUAUCACUUCUUUGUCUUAUGGAAAUGACGUUCAAAAGACAGGCAAAUAAUCGCCAACUUACAUUUGCUGAAAUUUCACAAGAGACUCGAUUACCAGUUAAUGAAGUUGAAUUAUUAGUUAUGAAAGCUCUUGCUCAAGGUCUUGUUCGAGGUGCUAUUGAUCAAGUAGCUGGCACUGUCAACAUGACUUGGGUUCAACCACGAGUACUCGAUCGUACUCAAAUUGGCAGUAUGGUUCAACAACUUGAUCGUUGGUGUAAAGACGUUAAUACAAUGGAAAAUUUACUUGAAUCUCGCGCAACAGAAAUUCUAACACUUUAA